CAGGAUAAUAAUAGUACUACAAUUUAUGGUAGGACAAGAAAUGGUAAUAACUUUUUUCCUCUAUAUCAUAACGUGUUGAUGCUCUCAUAGAAUACUACUUUCUCCGAGAUUUUGAUUGAUUUUCCCCCUAUAUAAUCGUGAUAACAUAUAAUCUGAGUGAUAUUCAACCCAAAAAAUUUAUAAAAAAAAAAUGGAUUGAUUGAUUUUGGUAAAUCACUUGACAAAAUAUCGAUUUUUAUUAAAGUAGAAGGUGCAAACUGUAAGUCUAACAAACCUUAAGGGCGGUGGGUUGUAAUUCACCCACUUCGAGUAUUAAAAAAAUCGCGUCUUUUUCAAAGGGUCUCUCCGCACUUUUUUUUUUCUUCUAUUAUUACGCAGCCUUUGAUUUGUCUCUCUCUCUCCUCCCCAUUCGCCGAUGUCCAACGCCGGAGUUACCGUCGCCGGUGGCGGCCCGCAGCUCUACUUUUGCCACCAGUGCGAUCGUACCGUCACCAUCAAUGUCUCCCCGACUUCCGACCUCGUCUGCCCAACUUGCCAGUCUGGCUUCGUCGAGGAAUUCGAAAACCCUAGGUCCCCUGAGCCUACCUUUUCUCCCGACAUGCUUUUCUCUCACGGAGAUCCGUUUUCCCAGAUUUUUGAGCUUUUUGCCUCCCGCUCCUUCCGCCCCAUUGACCCGCUGAACCCUAGAUCUCAAGCCAUCCCUCAACGUUCCGGUACGGGCCCAAGCGCAGCCUCAAGUUUUUCAUCCGGUCCAGAUGAUUUUAAUCCUGCUAAUUACUUGAUGAAUCUGCUGAUGUCGCGUCGUGCUCAUGGUGUUAACUUUGAGUUCGUCGUCGAAGGUCAACCUGGCGGGAGUUUUUCAAAUAUCCCAAAUAUCGGAGACUAUUUUUUGGGACCGGGUUUUGAGCAGUUAAUUCAGCAGUUGUCGGAGAACGAUCCGAACAGGUAUGGAACCCCUCCUGCUGCUAAAAGUGCUGUGGAAGGAUUGCCUGAUGUGAAAGUCGAUGAGGCUAUGAUGAAGUCUGAGUUGGCGCAAUGUGCUGUGUGUAAAGAUGAUUUUGAGUUGGGCGUUGAAGUCAAGCAGAUGCCUUGCAAGCAUGCUUACCACAAAGAUUGUAUAAUUCCAUGGUUGGAAUUGCAUAAUUCCUGCCCGGUUUGCCGAUAUGAGCUACCAACUGAUGAUCCGGAUUAUGAGAACAGGGAUAGGGGUAAUUCAGGUGAUUCAAGUGGUUCCGAGCCCACAAGGCCUAAUGGGAGGCAGUUUACAAUUUCAUUGCCUUGGGGAUUGGGGGGCUUUGGGUCAACUAGUCGUGGUGGUGGCUCCAAUUAAACUAAGUGGAGGUUUCCACAUUUGGAUGAUACUUUGCUGCUGGUUUAAAGUUCCAACUGAUUAGUGGAUGCAAUGAAUUUUAACUUAAAAGGUUUCAACAUAAGAUCUGGUAGAGCUUUUGUAGAUGGUGGUUUGGAAGACUGUAUUUACUUGAACCUUGUUAUUCUUUUUGAUCUUGCACGACUCAUACACUUGUACAGCAAAAUGGUUGAGGCUUUUGUUUUUGUUUUUGUUUUUUCUCCUCUUUUGUGUUUAAAUUUCUUCUAUGUUUCUGCUAUCUCAGUAUUGCUCUUGGAGAUCUAUGAUUAAGGAUUGAUCACUUAGAAUUUCGCCAAUUUAGCUGGCUCCUUUGAGUAUCUUCCCCAAUGUCAUCUUUAAGUUUAAAUAGGAAAUUUAGCAAAUGGUUAAUGUAAACAAGAACUUCAUUGUUUUAAGAUUUAGCAAUACUGCUUUACCAAAAUUUUCACCUUAUUGAGAGUCUUAGCACUUUUGAAAAGCUUUUCUACUGUGUUUUUUUUUUUUUUUUUUGUGGAGAAUUUUUAAAGUUAAUUACAGCAAGAAAAUGUAUACGCUCUUUUAUUUUAAAACGAGUGUCAGGUGUAAAAUCUUUUACUUAUAAAACAAUUUGUAUUAAAAAUGAAAAUGUUAAUUACUUUCUUUGUUUUAAAAUUAUUGUUAUUAAGUAAAUUUUUUAGAUAUAAUACAAUUUGUAUUAAAAAUAAGUGAAUGAUGGUUUUGAUAGUACAUCGCAUUAGUAACAGCUAUAUCUACUUCGACUCAAAAUAGGAAAUACCAUACAGCUGGAAGAAAUGCAAAGAAUUGCGAUUACGAUUGAGAUCGGCAGGGGCAAAAUCUGGGAAGUAUCAGCAUAUGAACCCAUCUGACCAUCUGGGUUCACCACUACCUAGUUUUAUUUUCUAGUACAUUUAAAGAGAUUUGCGGGCAAAAAGCUUCAGGCUGGAAAAUGAUUUGAAUAAACAAUGAGGUAAUAUCAAUUCGAAGCUCUCAAAUAUGAUUUUUGCAUUCCGUAUCUAUCACUCCCGUUUCCCACAAUAUAGGCAGAGUUCGGGAACCUAAAUGGCUGCUGCCUUCCUCAGUUCCUCUUAUGCCAGAUUCCAGAAUAAAUCAUUCAUGAAAAGAUGAAGCGUUCUUUGGUUUCCACAUGGAAUCCACAUAAGUCACAUUUCGGAUCAACCUGUGAGUUCCAUUUGCAUCUAUACUCCUUAGCACUAAGUUGUUGCCCCAUCCCAACUAGUUAAAUGGACUAUGUGCAUGAGGGGAUAUUAUUCUUAUCUUAAUUAGAGAUUCAACUCUUUUAUUGAACAAUCAAUUCAGACAAGGAAAUCAGCCCUGCCUAGCUUACAGUUUGAUUUAAAAACAUUUAAUCUUGUUCAAGAAUGUACGAAAGUUGAAAUGUUGCAGUAGAUGAAACUAACCAUAAGUAUGCAUAGUGAGUUGGC